UCAAAAGUCAAAACUUUCUAUUCAUAUAUAACUUUACCACCGUCUCCUCUCCCACUCCCAAUCCCAAAUCAAAUUCCCACAACAUGCACCACACCAAGACCGAUUCCGAUGCCACAAGCGUCACGACGUCAUCCCCCACGCGUUCUCCUCCCCGUCGUCCGGCCUACUACGUGCAGAGCCCAUCCCACGACGGCGACAAGCACCUCACCACCAUCUCAUUCCACUCCACUCCCGCCUUGCUCAGCCCCAACGGUUCCCCUCCCCAUUCCCACUCCUCCGUCGGCCGCCACUCCCGUGAAUCAUCCUCCACUCGCUUUUCCGGCUCCCUCAAACCCAAUGGAACCCGCAAGAUCUCCCCUAACGACAUCGCGAUGAAGAGUUUUGCCAAGUCGUGGGAAAAGCAAUUCAAUUCCAUCGAAGAAGAAGGUCUUCUCGAAGAUGACGACUUGGAGAAACCCAUCCCUCGUCGCUGCUAUGUUUUGGGUUUUGUUAUUUGUUUUCUGAUUCUCUUCUUCCUCUUCGCUUUGAUCUUAUACGGCGCUGCUAAACCCCAAAAACCUAAUCUCACCAUGAAGAGUAUUAAAUUUGAGAGAUUUGUGAUUCAAGCCGGGUCGGAUUCCACCGGAGUAGCCACUGAUAUGGUGACGACGAACGCCACCGUAAAGUUCACUUUCCGGAACACCGCUACAUUUUUCGGCCUCCAUGUCACGUCCACACCGAUUGAUCUUUCCUUCUCUCAAAUUGCAGUUGGCUCCGGCAGUAUGAAAAAGUUUUAUCAAUCGAGAAAGAGUCAGCGAUUGUUGACGAUAUCAGUGAUCGGGGAUAAGAUCCCAUUGUACGGAAGCGGACAAGGGAUAAAGAGCUUGAAAGGGUCGCCGACGUCACCGGUGCCAUUGAAGCUGAGCUUCGUGGUUCGAUCAAGAGGAUACGUUCUGGGUAAACUCGUUAAACCGAAAUUCUACCACAGAGUUGAGUGUUCAGUUGCUUAUGAUCCUAAGAAGAUCAAUGUUCCAAUGUCGCUUAAAAAUAAUUGCAAGUUUCUAUAAUCGAUUCAUCUUGCUGAAUGAUGAUGUAUAAAGGGGAAGUAUAUUUUUGAUAUGGUUUUGCUAGUUUUGUAUAGUGGAU